GCGGCGACUGGAUUUGUGGAGCGGUUGUUUUCGGGUGUUCAGGCGUUCGGCCGUGAUCGGCGAUUCGUAACGUCCUCGCGUUUGCAAACAGAUCAAAAUGCAAAUCUUUGUGAAGACCCUGACCGGCAAGACCAUCACCCUGGAGGUGGAGCCCAGCGACACCAUCGAGAAUGUGAAAGCCAAGAUCCAGGAUAAGGAAGAUCCCCCUGACCAGCAGCGGCUCAUCUUUGCAGGCAAGCAGGUGGAAGAUGGGCGCACUCUUUCUGACUACAACAUCCAGAAAGAGUCGACCCUGCAUCUGGUCCUGCGCCUGAGGGGUGGUAUGCAGAUUUUCGUCAAGACCCUGACCGGCAAGACCAUCACCCUGGAGGUGGAUUCAGAACAAGAAACACUAUGGAGAGUUGAGGAAGGCCUCACAGAGGAUGGAGAGGCAUUUGGUUUUACAGAUGAACAGGCAUUCCUUCCCCAGCAUUGGUGUGACUUACCCCUCGCCACCACGAUAAAGCUGUCAAGGCUACGGCCUGAGGGUGCGAGGCGGAAACAGUCCAGGCCUCCCCGACCCGAGUCAGGCGAGCCGCCAUCAGAAGCACGGCGCUGCGCGCUCCUCGUUACCGAACGCGGCGAAAGGGCAUGGCCCACUCCGGAAGUGGGCGCACUCAGACUUCCGGUCGUUUCCUCAAAUCCAGAGGGAGGCGACCUUCUCCAUCACGUCCAGUUCUUCUGCUUUCCCUGCGCCGUUUCAAACGUGCUUGACAAAGAGAACAACGAAGCCAGAGUGACCUACGCGUUCCCAACCCCUGGGUCUGGGCCUGUUAGGAACCGGGUGACAUCGCUGCCUGAGUUCCGCCCUUCCCCCACCCCGGGGCCACCAUUCUGGGAGUUUACUGCCUUCAGUUAA